AUGUUAAUUGAAGAGCAUAUAUUAACACUUUUCAGAAGGAACUGUCAAUAUACACUGACAUACUGGAGUGUGUUCUUCAGCUUUGGACUGAGCAUAGCCUUUCUGGGGCCUACGAUCCUAGAUCUGAAAUGCCAGACUGGCUCCACGUUACAGGAGAUCACCUGGGUGUUCUUCUCCCAGCAGCUCUGCCUGCUCAUAGGCACCUCGACUGGAGGAGUUUUCACAAAAACGUUGUUCAGGGCCCUCAUCGCUCUCUUCUUCUCCUCCCUCAUCAUCUCUGUGGUUUUUGCCAUCAUCCCACUUUGCUAUAAUGUGCUGUUGCUGGCGGUUGCUAUGGCAGUGUCAGGCCUGGCGAUGGGCAUCAUCGACACUAUUGCAAACAUCCAACUGGUGUCCAUUUAUAAGAAAGACUCUGCUAUCUUUCUACAGGCACUGCACUUCUUCAUUGGGCUCGGUGCUCUGGUGAGCCCCCUGAUUGCAGACCCUUUCAUAUCAGAGCACUGCCUGGCCAGUAAUAGCACAGAAAAUGCCACAGAGAUAAUUCACCACUUCAGAUCCAGCUUCAGGUCACCUGUAAUCCACACUGAAAAUUCCCCGCACUCAGAGCCGGUGGAGGAGAAGGCCAACGUGGCAUACGCCUUCUGGAUCAUGGCUCUCAUAAAUUUGCCUGUGCCGAUUGCGGUUUUUGUGUUGAUGUACCAAGAGAAGCUGCUCCCCUUCUGCCCAAACAGCACACGACUGUUGGACAAAGAUGAGCUGGCCAUGGAGACUAAAGCACCAGAAGGCACAGAAAUGUCUGAACCAGACGAUACAGGUUUUCAUCAUGCAGGACAUGGAAACAUCUUCAGCUGCUGUAUGAAUGGAAGCCUGAGUGGGUUACCAGUCACGUUUUUUGGUAUCCACAUCUUAGGCAGUAUGUUGCUGUUCAUGACGGAAGGCAUUAUGGGGGUCUAUGCCGGUUUUGUUUACACGUAUGCUGUUUCAGCUCCCAUGUUGCUGCACUCUAAAAUGGCAGCAUACCUGAACUGUAUCUUCUGGGCAGCCGUCACUGCUGGACGACUGGUGUCCAUCCCGCUAUCAUACCGAUUCAGACCUGUGCAUCUGCUUGGCGUGAACCUGGCUGGUGUGAUUGUAACGUUGCUGCUGUUACUGAUCCUCUACACAAACAGAGUGUUUCUGUUUGUUGGGACGACCUUGCUUGGGCUUUUCAUCAGCAGUGUUUUCCCCUGCCUAGUGGCCUACACCGAGGACAUCCUAGAGUACCGCGGAUGUGCAACAACAGUCUUAGUGACAACUGCUGGAAUGGGUGAGAUGACGUUGCAGGUGUUGGUUGGAUCACUAAUUCAGAAAAAAGGGACUUACAGUUUUUUGGUGUGUGGUUUGGUCAUCGGAUGCCUCAGUUUCGUCUUCUUUCUCAGUGUGGUCCUGUGCAACCGCAUCCACAGAAAUCUCACAGGAGCAUCUAAAAAAGCAGCCAUGGUGGAAGCGCCACCAGCACCUGCUCCACCUGCUUCAGAGAAAACCGAACCAGAACAGAAAGUUGCUGUAAUACAAACUGAAUCAAUUAAAUGUGACUCUGGAAAUACUUAA